AUGUCCUCCUCCUCGACGUUAUCAGCAAAUUGGCAGCAGCACUAUUAUGCGUCACUCACCACUGUAUCCACUAAGAAAUCUGCUAAUAUUACAGCCAUCGCUACAACUGCUAACUAUACUAAUCAACCAUGCGCAUACUGUGAUCAAUCCGAUGACAAUUUCUGCUGCAAUCAAAAUUAUAUUCAGAAAGAAGAGGAAAUGGAGCAACUGGAAAUGAAAGUACCGCGGAAAAAUAAGAGUGGAGCCCGAAGAUACAAAACACCUAGCCCACAGUUGUUGCGAAUGCGACGUCAAGCAGCGAAUGCACGGGAACGAAAGAGAAUGAAUAAUUUGAACGAUGCAUUCGAUAGACUGCGAACUGUGUUACCAUCGGUAGGCACCGGUCGAAGACUGUCAAAAUUCGAAACUCUGCAAAUGGCACAGCAAUACAUCGACUGCUUAGCAGAAUUGUUGAAUAAACCACGAUGAUCUCUUUUUUUCUUU